AUGUCGGACGAUGUAGGAUUCUACAACACGCUCCAGGUCCUCGAGCUAAGAUCUCGCAAAAAGAGACUGAGCAGCACAUUUAUGGAGAUGUCUAACCAAAAUCAAAUUACGCUCUUCAAGUUGUCGACGUCUUCGGGCAACGACAUGGAGCACCCAGUACGCCCUAACGACCGGUUCUCGGGCGUGGUGGUUCUCCAGCUCUCGCGCCCCGUGUAUGCGUCGCAGGUGACACUCGAGUUCACCGGAACAGAGCGUCGGAUGUCGGCGCUCAAGGGCCUGUCAAAGUUCAUAAAGACACAGCUAUUUUCGAUAACAGUGACAGUAUGGAAGCCGACACAUGACGGACCCAGCCCUUCGUCGGUGCUCUCCGACGGCAUCCACGUUUUCAACUUCACCUGCCAGAUGCCAAACGUCAACUACCCCCAGUCAAUCGAGCGCCAAGAGUACGACUAUCGGUACACGCUGCGCGCGCUCGUCAAGGUACCGCUGGAUCAGCGGUCGGAAUACAGCAUUGCUGUGGUCGAGAAGGACGUGCAUUGCGCCCCGCUGAUUACACAGUCGCUGAACCUGGAGACGCUCAGUAUCAUGGAGACGCUCUACUUUGAGAAGAAGGGCAAGAAGGGCAAGGCUGCGGUUGAGCUGCGCGCAGGCAUCACCGGCCACCAGAUCCUCCCUGGAUCCAAGGUGAAGAUUGACAUGUCAAUCAAGGAGCUGUCGAGCACGAACUGGACCAAGGUCGUCGCUCGGCUGAUGGAGCGCACCAACUGUCGCGAGGGCACCAAGAGCACGUUCUCGCAGCCGCACUGGUCGGCCGAUCGCGAGCUGGCACACACAGAGCUGGUGCGGUCAUCCGUGUACAACUUUUUCCUCAACGACGAGCUGACCGGCGCGGAUAGCUCAGAAUCGACAACGAAGAACGGAAGCACCGUGACAAACGAGACGAUGUACUUCUCCAUUCCCUUGAUGGCGUGCAGUCCGCUUGGCAGCGACCACCUCGAGUUCACGCAUUACAUCCGGCUGGAGAUUGUGCUGCCCAACUGGCGCUCCAGCGACCGCGCAGUGUACACCGAGUUCCCAGUCAAGCUGCUGACCUGCGACCCACAGUCGGCGGUUUCCAUGCUGAACCGGCAGAUGUCGAUGCUUCAGCUCGAGCGGAGCAAUAGCACCGAUGCCCAGUCGUUUGUCAGCACCCCGCAGUCACCGACGCUGAACAGGGCGCCGAGCAUUACCUCGUUCCAGGGCUCACGCAACGGACUCGCUGGGUCGCUUCCAGUUGCUUACUACGAGGUACAUCCGGUGCAGCGGCCGUACCCGGUGCUGUCGAUGCUCAAGCAGAGCAACUAUUCUGGACCUGGAGAUGUCCCCAGCGACCUUGUUUCUGUCAGCAAGGCCUCAGGAAAGCCCUCGACCAGCCGGAGCCUCAAGCACUCGACAAUGGGCAGCUCGCACAAGUCUGAGUACAGCUUUGAUGGCCGGUCGAUGCAUUCGUCAAUGCAGUCGUCAAUGAGCACAGCAGAAGACCCUGCUGAAGAGCGGUACCGGGCGCGGCCAUUGCCGCCACCACCACCAUCGAUGCUGCAGAUGCCGUCGCAGUCGUCGGUGAUGCAGGUGUCGACAUCGCCGCCGCCGCUGCCUGAUACCCCAAUGCCAACCAGCAACAACUACUCGCCAACCACAGUGGUCACACCAGUGUCUGCACGUUACCCCGAGUUUACACAGCAGAAGCUGCCGCCCCUGCCACCGCAGUCGCCGACACACAGCGCAUACCAGGGCGGGCUGAUCCCGUCGCCAUACAGCUCAGCACACACGUCUACCAACAGUGCUGGGGCAUAUGAGGGCAACCUGAUGCUGCAGCCUGUGCCGAGCAAGGCUAGCUCAGGAGGAGGAGGGGUCAUAAAGGACCUCAUUUCGGCACCAUUCAAUGUGGUGAAGCACGACACUGGGUUGAUUCCGCUGCCGCAGCAGCCAGCUGUCUCGCUGCCGGUCCCGCCUGGCGACGUCCUGAGCGGGGGAUUCGGGUUCCCGACAUUUAGCAAGUCGAAAAAGCCGCAGCUGCAGCGUCCGCAUACGUCAGCACAGAUGACUAUGGCUGCUGCCUCGCCGCCGCCAGACCUUCCGGGAGAUGACUUUGACAGCGAUGAUGACGCCGGGUACUUCAAGUCAUCAAUGGCCCGGCGGUCUAGUGAGCGUGAGCGUGCUAAUGAGCGCGGUCUGUUCAGGCUGCGCAAGAACUCAUCAAUCAAGGUGUCGCGGUGA